ACCUUGGGUUUUGGAAGUGACUUUGUUUUCACAUGGUCACUAUUAGCAUUAGAUUUGGAGCAACACUAUUAGAUAUGCACACUCCAACUCCACCAUCACUUCCUCCUUGUUAUUAUCAUCAUUAGGGUUUUCUUUUUCACACACAAGAGAAACCUAUGUCAGGUGUCUGCUAAGAUUUCAAAUUUUUCAACAACAAUGGUUGGUCAACUGCUUCUUCAACGUUGACAUUUUCUCUCAGUCAUGUUUCCUUAAUGCUAUUUUUUUUUUCCUUAUCUUUGCUUGUUUUUCCACAAUCCAUGAGUUGGCCUUAAUCCCAAAACAAGCAAAGAUAAUAACUUUGUUCAAAACCACCACAUGGGUAGUGCCACACUGCCACUCUCUUUUUCUCUCUCAUUCCAACCUCAAAAUCUAGACAUGCUCUAAUUUGAAUUUAGAAUACCAUAUCUCUCAAAAUGUAUAGGGUUCACUCUAAAAUCCUUAAAAGCAAUGGUGCUAUCACCAACCCCCCUAUUUUUGCUCGAUAUUCUUCUUCUUCUUCUUCACCCUCAGUGCCUUAUGUUUCUAACUACCAGAAACAAACAGCUCCAUCCCCAACUUCUUCAUCUGGGAAUAGAAUAAGCCCUGCAAUUCUUGUCAUCAUAGUAAUUUUAGCAGUGGUGUUUUUCAUCUUGGGUUUCCUUCACUUGCUUGUUAGAUUUCUCAUAAAGCAAAGGUCUUCCUCCAAUUCAUCAAUUUCCCAAUCAAAUAGAUACCCUGACAUGUCUGAAUCAGAUGCUUACCAGAGGCAGUUACAGCAGCUCUUCCAUCUUCAUGACUCAGGUCUGGAUCAGGCUUUCAUAGAUGCUCUCCCAGUCUUUUUUUACAAAGAGAUAAUUGGCUUGAAGGAGCCUUUUGAUUGUGCUGUUUGCCUCUGUGAGUUCUUGGAACAAGACAAGCUCAGAUUGCUUCCCAUGUGUAACCAUGCUUUUCAUAUUGAAUGCAUAGACACAUGGUUGCUGUCCAAUUCAACUUGCCCUCUUUGUAGAGGGACUCUCUAUUCGCCAGGCUUUGCCUUUGAGAACUCAGUUUUUGACUUUGAAAGUCAACUUAAGGAAGAUGGGGUGUCAGGAAGUGGUGGAGUUGGUUCUGUUAACAAAACUACAGAAAGUUACAUAGUGAAUGGGAAAAGGGUGUUUUCUGUUAGGCUUGGAAAUUUUAGAAGCACUAAUAAUCAAGAUGUGGUGGUGGAGAGAGGUGAAGGAGAGAGUAGUAGUGUUAAUUUGGAUGUGAGGAGAUGCUAUUCAAUGGGGUCUUUUCAGUAUAUUGUGGCUGAUUCAGAUCUGAGAGUGGCUUUAGGCCCUAGCAGUGGCAGCAUGAGACAACUACUGAAGGGAAGAGCAGCCACAAAUGGAAGUUCUUUCCUUGAUGGAGAUGCUGUUGAGGGCAAGAAAAUCAACAUUGCAAGGAAAGGUGAAAGCUUUUCUGUUUCCAAGAUCUGGCAAUGCUCUAGGAAAGAUAAGUUGACAGGCUCAUCAGAUGCUCAUUUCCAUAACUCUACUGUCACUUCGACUUUGCCAUGGAUGAAUAAAGUCAGAGGUACUUGACACAUGAAGCUAGUUUGUAUUUUAACUAAUUUCACAUUUUCAUUGAAGGAAUCCAUUUGUUGUGCACCAGCAAUUCCUCUCACUUUGAUUUUACCCUUUUUUAUUAUUUGUAGUGACAGAACUUGUAAUUGUACCAUAACAUAAUUUCAGGCAAUGCUCUUUGAACGAGAAUUAAUCUUGAGUGAGAGUGUAAGGAAUAUAACUC